AUGUCGACCAUCUGUUGCCCAUACACCCGUUGUAGACAAGAAAACGUGCUCAAACGAAUUCUGGCACAUAUCAGGGACUCUCACUGCUCAGAUGAUUGUCCAACAGAUUUUAUUGAAGAACAUGGGUUGUCCAAAUGUCCUGGAUGCUCACAGUGGUUUUUGAAGCUUCAACAACAUGCUUCCAAGUGUUGUAGGUCAUCCAGCGUAACCGCAACGCCUCAGGCUACGCUUACUACGUCAACACCGGCUCUGCCACCUCCAAACUCAAGGAAGCCAAGGGCACCUGAGGACACUGCUUUUGGAACGGCCUUUGAAUCAUGUUGGUCUUCCUUGGAUCGAGAAGGUGACGCUUGGCGCCUGAUAGACUCCUUCACAACGGAAGCCAUACUGGACUGGACGCCGCUUAGAACAGUGCAGAAUGUAACACCUGCAUUACGCGCGAUGUUUCAGGACUGCUGCGCUAUUGCUUUGAGAAAGAUUGAAGAGGAACCAGCAAAUGACAGAGGAUGGAAACUUCUCCUACUUCUUUCCGGGAUGCUUCUCCAACCGCAUGCACGUGGCGGUAAAGUGGGCACGCGGGAGGUCAAGGCAAUUUACACACGGUUUCUACAAUUUCAUUGGCAAGAAAUGAUUCUAAAUCGGAGUCACUUAUCACGCUCUACUCCUUCUACAGAAGUUGAUCAGAGGAAGAAAGCUGCACUAAGUCUAGUUCAUUGUGGAGAAUUGUCACGUGCAUCAAGAGUUCUAACUAGUCAGGGUUUUGCCCCUGCUACAGACGACACAGUGGCACAGUUACUAUCCAAGCAUCCACAUCGUAUGAUAUCUUCACAUCGACCAGAGGAAACCUCAAAAAUGGAGUCAGAUUCAGUUAAUCCCAUUUCUCUGAAAAAGGAGGCAUUUUUCAAUGCAAUCAGGAAAGCACCAAGAGGAAGUGGUGCUGGCCCUUCUGGCUGGCGUUAUGAGCACCUGAAUACUCUUUUGGAGAAUGACUUAACUUGCGAACUGCUAUAUCUAGUGUGUUCUCUAAUCGCUGGAGGCAAAGUUCCAAAUUCAGUCUUGCCUCUCCUGACAGCGUCUCGUCUCAUCGCCUUACCUAAAGCAAACGAUGAUGUUAGACCUAUUGCGAUUGGUGAAGUGAUUCGAAGAGCUACUGCUAAGGCUAUUUGUAGCCAGAUGAAUAGUUCUUUUGCUUCUUACUUCAAGCCAAUUCAACAUGGAAUUGCAACACCUGGUGGGGCUGAGCUUUUAGUUCAUCACCUUUCAUUCCUUAUGGAGAAUAACCCAGGCUUGUCUGUUCUCUGUACCGAUGUCAAAAAUGCCUUCAAUUCAGUAUCGAGAGACAGUAUUCUAAGUCAGGUCAUGAAAGUGUUUCCUGAAAUAUACCAUCACGUGAGGCAAAUGUAUGACAGUCCGAGUACCUUGAUUUAUGUCAAGGGGAAAGAUAUAGUGAAACUACAAUCAGAGGAAGGAGUUCACCAGGGUGACCCUCUUGGUCCAGUCCUGUUCUCAAUUGCUUUACAACCAAUCAUUGCCUCAGUUCAAGACCGUCAUCAAGAUACAACUAUGCUGGCGUAUUUGGAUGACGUAUAUGUUGUUGGUUUGCCUGAAUCUUCCAUCUCAGUCUUGAUGAUGUAA